AUGUCCAGGCCUCUGCAUCGAGGUGUAACAGGGAUACGGAUCUCUGGGAACAGCAAUGAUCUGUGGGACUCCCAAAUGAAAGAUAAAACAGAAAAGGAAGAUAUGGAUAGGAAUCGUUCUUCUGAUCAAAGUUAUUUAGCACUGAGGUUUCCUUUUCGGUUACUUUUCCCUGAUAAUAAUUCUCCUUCCAAAUACGGGAAUGGAGAAAAUGGCUUUGCAUCUGAUCCAUUCAGUGUCGGGAGUCCAAGAAGCCGGCAAAAACUGACAUUGCUACUUUUGAAGCUGAGCUUAGCUGUGAUUGUAAUUCUUGCUCUUACUGGAUCUUUUUGGUGGACUAUCUCAAUAUCGACAUUGUCAAGAGGUCAAAUAUUACAUAAUUAUAGGCGACUCCAGGAGCAACUUGUUUCAGACCUGUGGGAUAUUGGAGAGCUAUCUCUUGGUUCCUCGAGGUUGCAAGAAUUGGAAUUCUGUUCUGAAGAGUCUGAAAACUAUGUUCCUUGCUUCAAUGUUUCGGAGAAUCUUGCUUUGGGAUAUUCUGAUGGCAGCGAGAAUGAUCGUCAUUGUGGCCACAGUUUGAGCGAAAGUUGCCUGGUUCUUCCACCGGUAAAUUAUAGGAUUCCUCUUCGUUGGCCUACAGGAAGAGACAUCAUCUGGGUCGCAAAUGUAAAACUUACCGCACAGGAGGUUCUUUCCUCUGGUAGUUUAACAAAGAGGAUGAUGAUGUUGGAUGAAGAGCAGAUUUCUUUUCGUUCAGUCUCUCCCAUGUUUGAUGGUGUUGAAGAUUACUCACAUCAAAUUGCUGAAAUGAUUGGACUGAGAAAUGAAUCUAACUUUGUACAAGCUGGGGUAAGAACCAUUUUGGAUAUAGGAUGUGGCUAUGGUAGCUUUGGAGCACAUCUCUUUUCGAAGCAGCUCUUAACUAUGUGCAUUGCAAACUAUGAGCCUUCAGGCAGUCAAGUUCAACUUACUCUGGAAAGAGGUCUUCCUGCAAUGAUUGGUUCUUUUACUUCGAAUCAAUUGCCAUAUCCUUCUCUUUCCUUUGAUAUGUUGCAUUGUGCACGAUGUGGUGUUGAUUGGGACCAGAAAGAUGGUAUGUUUUUGAUUGAAGCUGACAGAGUCUUGAAGCCCGGGGGGUAUUUUGUCUGGACUUCACCUCUUACCAAUGCUCGCAACAAAGAGAACCAGAAAAGGUGGAACUUCGUGCGUGAUUUUGCAGACAAUCUUUGCUGGGAGAUGUUGUCACAACAAGAUGAAACUGUUGUAUGGAAAAAGACUAGCAAAAAAAGCUGCUACAGUUCCCGGAAGCCUGGUGCUGGCCCUUCCCUCUGCAGUAAAGGUCACGAUGUCGAAUCUCCUUAUUAUCGACCACUCCAAGGGUGCAUAGCUGGAACGCAGAGUCGCCGAUGGAUUCCUAUCCAAGAGAAGACAACCUGGCCUUCUAGGUCUCACUUGAACAAGAGCGAGCUUGCAUUAUAUGGUCUGCAUCCAGAAGACUUUAGGGAAGAUGCAGAGAACUGGAAAACAACAGUCACUAAUUAUUGGUCUGUUUUGUCACCAAUAAUAUUCUCUGAUCAUCCAAAGAGACCUGGUGAAGAGGAUCCUUCUCCACCUUAUAACAUGGUCCGAAAUGUACUAGACAUGAACGCUCAUUUUGGCGGUUUAAAUUCUGCACUACUAGAAGCUGGGAAGUCUGUAUGGGUAAUGAAUGUGGUGCCAACUGUUGGACCAAACUACCUUCCCUUGAUACUGGACAGAGGCUUUGUUGGUGUACUGCAUGAUUGGUGUGAGCCAUUCCCAACUUAUCCUAGAAGUUAUGAUUUAGUGCAUGCUGAAGGACUGUUAUCCCUUCAAACCCAUCAGCAGCGCAGGUGCACCAUGCUGGAUCUAUUCACCGAGAUGGAUCGCCUACUUCGUCCAGAGGGUUGGGUGGUAAUCCGUGACACAGGUACACUUGUUGAAUCAGCAAGAAUGCUCACUACAAAGCUGAAGUGGGAUGCACGAGUUAUAGAAAUCGAAAGUAACAGUGACGAUAGACUCCUUAUCUGCCAGAAACCUUUCUUUAAGAGACAAGGAGUAUCGUCAUGA